AUGCAACUUCGCGGCGACUGCGCACACUGCGUAAGUGAUAUAGCACCGGUCUGCCUGGCUGCUGUGCUCGAGUACCUGGUUGCUGAGUUACUGGGUGUGGCGAGUGGCGUAGUUGUGGACAAUGAGAGAGGGUGUAUGUUCCCUCGUCACCUGCAUGUGGUCAGUUGCGAAGACGAAGAGCAGAACAACUUCGCAGCCAAUAUGACCACGCCACCACCUAGCAUGGCGACC